CCGGGCCGAGGCUGGAGGCGGAAAAGUUGCGGGGCGGAGAGGAGCAGUCCCGGGACGGUCAACGAGAGCGACAGCGAGCCGGGGACCGGCGUCUACGGACCGGCCAUGGACGACCUCGACGCCCUGCUGGCAGACUUGGAAUCUACCACCUCCCAUAUCUCCAAACGACCAGUGUUCUUGUCAGAGGAGCCCCCCUACUCAUACCCAACUGGAAACCACACCUACCAGGAGAUUGCAGUGCCACCUCCUGUCCCACCACCCCCAUCUAGCGAGGCCCUCAAUGGCACGAUCCUUGACCCCUUAGACCAGUGGCAGCCUAGUGGUUCCCGAUACACUCACCAGCAGCCUCCAUCCCCGUCACCCGUGUACAGCUCCAGUGCUAAAACUUGUGGUGCCUCCAACCCUCAGGACGGCUCUCUGUGUUCCCGAGCAGGCGAGGAAGAGCACGUCUACAGCUUCCCCAACAAGCAGAAGUCGGCAGAGCCUUCACCCACUGUGAUGAGCUCCUCCCUGGGCAGCAACCUCUCGGAGCUGGACCGGCUGUUACUAGAGCUGAAUGCCGUGCAGCAUAAUCCUCCAGGCUUCCCUGCAGAUGAGUCCAAUUCGAGCCCCCCACUGCCUGGAGCCUUGAGCCCCCUUUAUGGCUUCCCAGAGAAUAACAGUUCUCUGGGAGGAAAAGCUGGGCCUCUGAUGAAAGAGAAGCCAAAACGAAAUGGAGGCCGGGGCCUGGAGGAUGUUCGGCCCAGUGUGGAGAGCCUAUUGGAUGAACUGGAGAGUUCUGUGCCCAGCCCUGUCCCAGCCAUCACUGUGAACCAGGGUGAGAUGAGCAGCCCACAGCGAGUCACCUCCAGCCAGCAGCAGACACGCAUCUCGGCCUCCUCUGCCACCAGGGAGCUGGAUGAGCUCAUGGCUUCACUCUCAGAUUUUAAGAUGCACGGCCUGGAGCAGAGAGUGGAUGGAGAGCGGCAGUGGGCAGCCGGCUGGCCCCCCAGCAGCAGGCAGAGCAGCCCUGAAGGGCAGGACGAGGGAGGGUUUAUGGCCCAGGGGAAAACCGGGAGCAGCCCACCUCCUGGGGGACUCUCAAAGCCUGGGAGCCAGCUAGACAGCAUGCUGGGAAGUCUGCAGUCUGACCUGAACAAGCUGGGGGUCGCCACAGUUGCCAAAGGGGUCUGUGGGGCCUGCAAGAAGCCCAUUGCUGGGCAGGUUGUGACUGCCAUGGGGAAGACAUGGCACCCCGAGCACUUUGUCUGCACCCACUGUCAGGAGGAGAUUGGGUCCCGGAACUUCUUCGAGCGGGAUGGACAGCCAUACUGUGAAAAGGACUACCACAGCCUCUUCUCCCCACGCUGUUACUACUGUAAUGGACCCAUCCUGGACAAAGUAGUAACAGCUCUUGACCGGACGUGGCACCCGGAGCACUUCUUCUGUGCCCAGUGUGGAGCCUUCUUCGGUCCAGAAGGGUUCCACGAGAAGGAUGGCAAAGCCUACUGUCGGAAAGAUUAUUUUGACAUGUUUGCGCCCAAGUGUGGCGGCUGUGCCCGUGCCAUCCUGGAGAACUACAUUUCAGCCCUCAACACCCUCUGGCACCCGGAAUGCUUUGUGUGCAGGGAAUGCUUCACGCCGUUUGUCAACGGCAGCUUCUUUGAGCACGACGGGCAGCCGUACUGUGAGGUGCACUACCAUGAGCGCCGCGGCUCUCUCUGCUCCGGCUGCCAGAAGCCCAUCACCGGCCGCUGUAUCACCGCCAUGGCCAAGAAGUUCCACCCCGAGCACUUUGUCUGUGCCUUUUGCCUCAAGCAGCUCAACAAGGGCACCUUCAAGGAGCAGAACGACAAGCCUUACUGCCAGAGCUGCUUUGUGAAGCUCUUCUGCUAGGCCGUCCCCACCACCCUCCCCGGCCAGCGUCCCCCACUGCUACUGUGACCCAGGGACCUCCCCAGGGAUGACGGGCCAGUCCAACAGAAACUGGAACCUUGUCUUGGCAGGUGCCGACGCAGGACAGAACUGUGGAGGUCGUGCUUGUCCCUCACCCCCCACAGAGCUUCAGGGCCCUUCUUUCCCUUCUCUGGCUCUCCCAGGCUCUGUGCACUUAUCUUCACUAGAGGUCCGCAGGCGUGUCCUCAUGAGCCAGCACUCACAGCGGAGCCUCUCUCACCUCUCAGCAGUGGGGUCAGAGUGGGCAGGCAGAGGGUCAGGUAGGGGCUCUUUUACCCUUAUUUCUCUCAGUUACCCCGAGCAUACUGGGGACACUGGGCCCCCUUAACACAAUGCCAGCAUAAACUCACCUGUGGGCCACCAAAGGCACUUUGGGGUCCACUGCCCAGUCUCCCAGGGUCUGGAUGACUGCCCUGGGUUUACCAAGAGAGACUUCUCCAGCAAUAAUGUUUUAUAUAGCCACAUCUUUAUCUCUGGGGACAUCGUGAGGUGGGGAGGGUCACCCGUGCCUCAACACUGUACUGAUUUUGAUAGAUUUCUACACUGAGGUUCAACUUUGUAUUGCUCAGCUUGCUUUUACUCCUCUCCACAAGAUGAUUUUGAAGAGAUUUAAAGAAGGCCCCCUUGCCGGGCGGUGGUGGCGCACGCCUUUAAUCCCAGCACUUGGGAGGCAGAGGCAGGCGGAUCUCUGUGAGUUUGAGACCAGCCUGGUCUACAAGAGCUAGUUCCAGGACAGGCUCCAAAAUCACAGAGAAACCUUGUCUCGAAAAACCAAAAAAAAAAAAAAAAAAGAAGGCCCCCCCUUUUGUAUUCUUGUCUUUGUCCACCGUCACUGGUGCUGCCAGUGGCCUUGGCUUUGUACUGAGGGCUUGGGAUGGGGGAACAAUCUGUGUUUUAUUUUGUUUCUUAGCACAAGUGAGUUGAGACUCCUUCUGCAAUGUCACAGUCCCAGGACUGUUUGCAAACUGCUGUAUUUUCAGACGCUCCCUUACUGCCCAGACCAGCAGACUCUCCAGUAAGAAAUGGUCUAAGAGUGCUCAGCCCUUUUGGACCUGGAAUUUUGAACCUCAUGUGUCCUAUUCCCAAGGGAGGCGAAGGGGAAAGUAUAUAUUUGGGGGUCUGCUUCCUGCCUGAGUAAGCCAUCAGGAGCCACUCUGCUCCCCGUGAACUUUCUGGCGACAAGGAGAACCACUGAACACUCUCAGCGCCUCAUUGCUUCUCUAGGGCUCUUUCUUCUGCCUUCUCAGGAAAGCAGGUGUCUGAUUUUGACCAGGAAGAUCAUACAUAAGGGUCCCUGGUCUCGAUUCUACUGGGCGCAUCGCUACCUUAAACUUCCCAGUGACUGGGGCAAAGUUUGCUGUUCCCUCUCUCAGGUGGGACUCAUGCUUUGGGGAGGGGUUCUGGGAAGAAUACCCUAAGCUGGUGAAGGGAUCCUAGUAGGAUUUGGGGCAGAGGGACAAGACCCUGUUAGAGCUAUGGGAGGCUCCAUAGCUCCCAUUCCAAAGGAUGGGACGGGAGCAGCCAGUCCUGGACCAGAGAUGCCAGACUGGUCCAUAGGCAGGGAUCCAGACAUUACAUCAGCUUCCUAGUAGAGGCUCAGUAUGAUGGGAUCAUCGACAAGGAUUCUCUGUCGGGGCUGGACUAGCAGUGCCCCAGGUCUGGGAAGGUGAGCUUGGCUCCGGAGGUCUGACACGGCACUUCCACCCACAGGCCUUACUGCUCUGUUUACAGUGACCCGUCCCAGGCCCCUCUCCGAGAAGAGAUGGGGUAUCUGGAGGGCCAUUCUCUGGGUCAAUGGAUAUGUGAUAUUUGAAUUUUUUUCCUAUAAACUUCUAACCUGGCUUUUUCCAUUUCAAUUCCUGUGAUUUAUGCCAAUAAAGUUUGCCAUUAUUU